AUGUCGUCGCCCCCACCAGAUGCGCCCAUCAAAAUGGAUCCCUUCCAAACCGUAGCACGAGAGAUGAAGUUUCUCACCGGAAACAUACGCCAAUUACUAGGUUCUGGACACCCCACCCUGGAUACCGUGGCCAAAUACUACACGCAGAGUGAGGGCAAAUAUGUGCGACCCAUGCUGGUUCUGCUCAUGAGCCGAGCGACGGCGCUCACACCCCGAAGUUCAAGAGGAGGCAUGGGCAUUGGAAGUCAAAGUGCAGAUAUUUCCAUAACAAACCCAACUAUUCUUGCAGAUGAGAACCCAGAUUGCAACCCCAUUAGCAGUAUACGACACGACUCUGCCUACACGAGCGAAGACAGCGAUAUCCUCCCCAGCCAACGCCGAUUAGCAGAAAUCACCGAACUCAUCCACACAGCUUCUCUACUACACGACGAUGUCAUCGACCACUCCGUCUCCCGGCGUUCCGCACCAUCGGCAAACGUCGAGUUCGGCAACAAAAUGGCCGUGCUGGCAGGCGACUUCCUCCUAGGAAGAGCCUCCGUUGCGCUAGCCCGACUCCGCGAUCCAGAAGUCACUGAGCUCUUAGCAACCGUCAUCGCAAACCUAGUCGAGGGCGAGUUCAUGCAACUCAAGAACACUGCGCGCGACGACAAGAACCCGGCGUGGACUGAAGAUACCGUUUCUUACUACCUCCAGAAAACAUACCUCAAAUCGGCCUCGCUCAUCUCCAAAAGCUGUCGUGCCGCUGCUAUUCUUGGCGGCUCAACACCAGAUGUUGUAGAAGCGGCGUAUCUCUACGGCAAGAACCUCGGCCUCGCUUUCCAACUUGUAGACGACAUGCUCGACUACACCGUCUCCGAGGCUGAACUAGGGAAACCAGCUGGCGCAGAUCUAGAACUUGGGCUUGCGACUGCGCCACUGCUUUUUGCGUGGAAGGAGGAUGAGAGUUUGGGACGGUUGGUUGGAAGGAAGUUUUCACAGCAAGGGGAUGUGCAACGGGCAAGAGAGAUUGUAGCACGUAGCUCAGGUCUCGAGCAAACGCGUGCCCUGGCGCAGGAAUACGUCGAUAAAGCUAUUGAAGCGAUAUCCUUCUUCCCCGAAAGCGAAGCCAAGACGGGUCUGGUGGAGAUGUGCACAAAGGUUAUGAAGAGGAGGAAAUGA